UACAAAAAUUUCACUCUCCUUUGCCUUGCCUUCACCACUCUAUCCCAAGUCCCUGAAAACCAGACCUUCAAAUUCAUCAACCAGGGCGAAUUCGGAGACCGAAUAAUCGAAUACGACGCCAGCUACCGUGUCAUCCGAAACAAUGUUUACACAUUUUACACUUUUCCAUUUCGCCUUUGUUUCUACAACACCACUCCUGACGCAUACAUUUUUGCCAUCAGGGCCGGCGUCCCUGGCGACGAAAGUCUCAUGCGUUGGGUUUGGGACGCCAACCGCAACGACCCCGUUCACGAAAACGCCACCCUGACGUUCGGCCAGGACGGCAACUUUGUGCUGGCGGACGCCGACGGUCGCCUGGUGUGGCAAACAGAUACGGCUAAUAAAGGUGUCACUGGCAUCAAGCUACUACCAAAUGGUAACUUGGUGCUACAUGAUAAAAAUGGGAAAUUUAUUUGGCAGAGUUUUGAUCAUCCCACUGAUACUUUAUUAGCUGGCCAGUCGGUUAAAAUCAACGGUGUUAACAAGCUUGUUAGCCGGACUUCUGACAUGAUCGGGUCCAAUGGACGGUACAGCAUUGUUCUUGAUCAUAAAGGGUUCACCAUGUUUGUGAAUAAUUCUGGUGAGCAGCUUAUAUAUGGAGGCUGGCCGGGGACUGACUAUGGAAGCAUAAUAACAUUCGAUGUUGUGCCUGAAAAUGAUGAAGCAACGGCAUAUGAGCUAGUCCUGACAGUAAACCAGGACCAGACGCCGGCUGCACUGUCACCUGGCAAUGGCCGCCGUCUCCUCCAGGUUCGUCCCAUCGGUAACGGGGGACAAAUCAACCUCAAUAAGCUCAAUUACAAUGCAACAUACUCAUUCCUGCGGCUCGGUUCAGAUGGAAACCUGAAGGCCUUCACUUAUUAUGACAAAGUGAGUUACUUGAAAUGGGAAGAAAGUUUUGCUUUCUUCUCAAGUUACUUCGUUAGAGAAUGUGCAUUGCCAUCAAAAUGUGACACAUACGGCUUAUGUGACAACGCGAUGUGCGUGGCCUGCCCGAGCCCAAAAGGGCUGCUGGGAUGGAGCGAAAGCUGUGCGCCGCCCAAGGCACCGCUGUGCGGGAAAGGGGCUAAGAUUGGGUACUAUAAGAUUGUGGGAGUAGAGCAUUUUCUGAACCCAUAUUUGAAUGAUGGAGAGGGGCCAAUGAAGGUUGCAGAAUGCAGAGAAAAAUGUAACAAGGAUUGCAAGUGUUUGGGAUUUUUCUACAAGGAAGAUAGUUCUAAAUGCUUGCUUGCCCCAAUGCUGGGGACUCUUAUCAAAGAUAAGAACACUUCAGUAGGAUACAUCAAGUAUGGAGUGUAAAAUUGUCGAGUAGAAUUAUUCUAAUCAAAUAAAGAAGGAUUGAAAUGCUUUCCAUUGGUAAAUUGUACUGAAUUUAGGAAUGGUUUUUAUUACAAAAGUUGUAUCGUGUCAGUAACAAAAGUCUUUUUAUUUA